AUGACGGAUGUGAGAAACUUGUUGAUCGAACAGAGUGCCACAAUAGACUUGCUCAAACGAGUGCUAAUGAACUUUAAGAAGCUUUCCAAGGCGAACCUGACGCUUCCGAAGACGCAAAGGCGUCUUUCGCAACUGGAAGUACUCUGGGACUCCUGUCGCCGCCUGCACGUCAAAUUGCUGCAGAUUGCCACGGCGGAGGAGCAGAGGACGCUGUCUUAUUUCCAAGGCGACGAAUUCUUGGCCGCUGAGGAAAUCUACCAGGAUAUUGCUGACACGCUGCAGGAAACAAUAAGUCGCUACACUAGCACUCAAAUUGUCUCGCGUAAUCGCAGUACUGACUCCUCUAUUAAUGAUUUGAAUAACAAUUGUUUUCAAUUACCGCGUAUUGCGCUUCCUAGAUUUGGCGGAAAGCUCACUGAUUGGGAGAGCUUUAAAAACACUUUUGAGUCACUAGUGGUUAAUAAUGAGGCGCUCUCCAAUACGCAAAAGUUUCAUUACUUGAAGACCAGCGUCAUCGGCGACGCUGCCUUGCUCAUUAAUAAUCUGCGCAUUUCUGACGCAAAUUAUGAUUCCGCGUGGCAAUUGUUACUCGAUGAAUACAAUGCAUGA